UCUCUCUAGCAGAAGAGAAUCACAAGAGAUAGCCGAGCGGAUCGGAGGACUGAAGCGGGACAGGAUUCGGAAUCCAGGAGGGAAAGUAGCGAGGGACACUGGGGACAGAGGGGAGGAGCUGGAGAGGCCCGCAGAGGGGGCGGGGCUGAAGCCGGGGGCGGGCCGACAGACUCGACCUUUUGGGCUUGGCGGUGGCGCAGCGCGUCGCCAAGUCCGGGGAUACCUUCGCCCUUCCCGCCCUGAGACCCACGAACGCUUUCCUCAGUCUGCAGCACCCAGUUCGGGGCCACUGGGGGCGUGGCCCGACGGCGGGUCUCACCAGAACAGCCCGGGUGCUUGCGCUUUGCCAGGCUGAGACCUCACUCCUAAACCAGCAGCUAGACAGGGACCCCAAGUGAACUCGGUAAGAACUCGGGUGGCCCGCAAAGUCCUAGGAAAACUUUGGGGCUCUGCCGAGAGGCCACUUGAUGGAAACGUACACUUCCCUCCCUUUGCCCUCUGAUUCAGAGAUGCCUUCCCACUCUACUGCUCGCUAGUGCCUAGGACCUCUGGGGCUCAUCUUUCCAAGAAUGGGUGUUGUUUGGGGAGGUUGAACCCCUGAGUUAGGUUGCAUCUGGGGCGAGAGGCGGGAGCCAGUGUUUGACCCGAUAUUAUCUGAAAGGAGAGAAGGGGAACUAUGGGAGGAAACCAGCGUGUUAGUAAGAUGGGGUCCAAUGGUAGCUGGGGGUGAAUCAGGUUGCUCAGAGGUGAGGGACAGGAAGGGUGACGGGUAGAAGUCUGAUUUCUGAGUUAUUUUUGUGCCAGAGAGUUCCAUGCAAACUAGAACUAAUCCGGAAGAGGGUACAAGCCCCAUUCUAGGGCCCCAGAGACCCCCUCUCCCCCUUGUUUUGUGGAGCUGAAACAGUGCUGCUAAGGGGUGUGGCUGUUCCUACCCCUGAGUGUGGACGUCCAUCCUGGCCACCUUCCACAGGAAACCUGCCCUGAGGGACUAACAGGAAGGAAACAGCUUGCGACCUCAUCCAGAGCGGAGUCCAUCUUUUCUCUGCAUCAGUAGUGAGUCCCACCCGAAGACACCGUGAUCCCAUUUCAACUGUUCCUAAAGAGGUGCACUGGGACCAGUCAUUAAAAUUGCUGCUAUAAAGUGGGGUGUGGUGGUGCAUGCUUUGGAUCUCUGCACUUUGGAGGUUGAGGCAGGAGGAUCAGGAGUUCAAGGCCAGUCUUGGCUCUGUGAGACCCUGUUUCAUGCUGCUAUAAGGACAGGUGGUAUAGCUUGGUGGAAGAGGGCUUGUCUGGUUUGUGAGGGGCUAUGGGUUUGGUCAGAGAGAAUGAAUUUUCUUGUACCCUUGAGGCAUUUUAGACUAGAUGAGACACUGGUACUAAUUUGGGGCACUGACUAUACUUCCUUUGAGAAUUCAGGAAAGGAGAACUGGUACAGGCCAGAGAAGCUGAGGAGGAUUCCUGGCAAGGAGGCCUUCAGCCAGGCUCCAGAAGAGCAGCCUGAGUAAGACAGACGGUCACCAGUGUCAGUUCAGAAUUGACUGGUCCCUCCAGCAGGACAGUUCUAUGUUCAGAGAGCCGGACAGUGACGCAGGCCAGCAGCCAGCAGAGGGCGAUGAGGACAACUCUGUUCAGGCUCCUCCAGGAUCAAGCUUGGGCCCACCUUGCCUGGAUACCAACCAAGCCUCAAGCUGGCCUGGAUUUCGGACCCUGCUGCAGCAGUUUCCUCCACAGGACAGUGAUGAGCGCUACUGUCUGGCCCUGGGGGAGGAGGAACUGACCCAACUGCGGCUCUUCUGUGCCCAGCGGAAGCAGAAAUCCAUGGGACAGGGGGUGGCCCGCUUGUUACCUCCCAAGCUUGAAGGGUACACCUGUGAGAAGUGCAAGAAGCUGCUGAAUCCAGGAGAGUAUGGAGUGUUUGCGGCCAGGGCUGGUGAGCAGUGCUGCUGGCACAGACCCUGUUUUACUUGCCAGGCCUGUGGUCAGGCCCUGAUAAACCUCAUCUACUUUUACCACGAUGGGCAUCUCUACUGUGGCCGCCAUCAUGCAGAGCUGCUGCGACCUCGCUGUCCUGCUUGUGACCAGCUGAUCUUCUCUCAGCGCUGUACCGAGGCCGAAGGACAGCGCUGGCACGAGAACCACUUCUGCUGCCAAGACUGCGCCGGGCCUCUGGGUGCAGGACGUUAUGCCCUGCCUGGGGGCAGCCCCUGCUGCCCCAGCUGCUUCGUGAGCCGCUACCGGAGUGCAGAUUCUAGCUCAGUAGAGGCACUGGAAGGGCUAGCGUCCUUUGGGGAAACAGAAUCCGAUCCAAGCGUCGGCUGGAACGGUGCCUCCUCGGAUGACAAGAUCACCUCGCAAGUUACACUUCCCUCUACAGUCGCCAGCUCCACUCUGGAAACCCUGAGUGGGGCGUCCAAAGAGCAGGGCCGAGAGCGCCCAAAGACCCCUGGAAACGCCAAAGAGCACAUCCCCUGCCCCACCUGCUCCUCUUCCUCUGAGUCGGAACCCGAAGGCUUUUUCUUGGGCCAGCGCCUUCCAGGUCCCUGGAAGACCCCCAAAAACCUCCAGACAGAUGACAGAGACAUCUCCAGGAAGCACUGCACCAUUUGUUAGUGGGGCGGCCCAGAGAUCAGAGUAGUGAGAUGGGGAAACCUAUGAAACAGGAUAACAAGACUCUGUGUAAAAAACCCGAGACUGAAGGCAAUCAGACACGCGGGACAGUCCCAUCCACAUUGCACGUUCUCUAAUCUGUAUAAAAGUUUCUUGGGGAAACACCACUGCCCAGAACUUCCUGAGUGGAGCUAGCCCCUAUCCCCACCCACCGUCAGCACCUUGCUUAAAUUAACGGAAUGGUGGCGCUACACAGGUAACAGGCUCCAGGCACCGGGAGGUGGGGCAGCAAGCACCUGUUCC